CGACGAGGCGGGAUGGGUGCGCGGCGACGAGCCUGCAACAGGUGCGUGAUUGUGCCCGUGUGUGCCAGCCCAGAUGCGGGAUCUUUCGGGGGACCGCGAUCGGCUGUGAUGCGAGGUGUGUGACCUGUUGCGUUUGAGACCGUCUACCAUGUGACAGAGCUGCUGUGAUUUAGUGCGAUGGAAGAGGCUUUUAAUUCUGUGCUGUUGACUGUGUAACGGGGUAGUGCUUCAUUUCUGCAGUUCUGGACUUAACUUUGGGACGGAGGUGUCUGUGGACGAUCUCCCUGUACCUGUGAAGACUACGAUCGAUGCCUAUGUCAACAGGGCCCCUUGCAGUGAAGUGAAGCAUGGCCUGAGUUCUCUUGUCAGGUCAUCCCCGCCCCCAGUGCUCAGCCUGCCAUAUGAACCCCAGCUACAAAGAAACGGUCAUCAAAAGAAACAUCUUCUUUUGACUGAGUUUCUUCUAGAGUGGAACCAAGAAGAGGAUUAAUUAAUACAUUCAAUGUAAAAUAAGCCAUGGCUCAUGAGUUGGUGAUGUUCAAAGAUGUGGCUAUAGAAAUCUCUCAGGAGGAAUGGGAAUGCCUGAACUCAGCGCAGAGGAAUUUGUACAAGGAUGUGAUGUUGGAGAACUAUAGCAACUUGGUUUCACUUGGACUUUCUAUUUCUAAGCCAGCUGUAAUCUCUUCAUUGGAGCAAGGGAAGGAGCCCUGGAUAGUUAUGAGGGAAGAGACAGGAAGAUGGUACCCAGACUUGGCAUCCAGAGAUGAGCCCAGGAAGCUAUCUCCAAAAAGGGAUAUUUAUGAAACAGAAUCUUCCCAAUGGGUUAGCAUGGAACUAUUUAAAACCCAUAGUCCUGAAAGAUCGAUUUUCAGAGAUAUUUGGGAAUGCAAAUGUCAUUUUGAGCAACAACAGGAACAACAGGAGUGCUAUUUCAGGCAAUUUAUGAUCAACCAUGAAAACACACCCAUUUUUAGACAACAUACUUUACUUACGCAAGCAUUUUAUCAUAGAGAGAAAAUCUCUGAAUGUAAAAAAUUUACAAGAAACUUCAGUUACCAUUUGUUCUUUAGUCACCACAAAAGAACUUAUUCUAAAAAACUUUCUGAAUGUAAGAAAUACACAGAAAUUGUUAAUGCACCAUUCCUUAUUAAACAACAGAGAAUUCAAAAUGGUGACAAUUGCAAUGAAUGUAAGGAAUGUUGGAAAGCCUUUAUUCAGUACUCACAACUUAAACAAGAUCUGCGAAUUCAUAACAGUGAAAAACGCUAUGGAUGUAAAGAAUGUGGGAAGGCCUUUAAUUAUGGCUCAGAACUUACUCUGCAUCAGAGAAUUCACACUGGUGAGAAACCUUAUGAAUGUAAGGAAUGUGGGAAGGCCUUUAGACAACGAUCACAACUUACUCAACAUCAGAGACUUCAUACUGGUGAAAAACCCUAUGAAUGUAAGCAAUGUGGGAAAGCUUUUAUUCGUGGCUUUCAACUUACUGAACAUCUGCGACUCCAUACUGGUGAGAAACCUUAUGAAUGUAAAGAAUGUGGAAAGACUUUUAGGCAUCGCUCACAUCUUACCAUACAUCAGAGAAUUCAUACAGGUGAGAAACCAUACGAAUGUAGGGAAUGUGGAAAGGCCUUUAGCUAUCACUCAAGCUUCUCUCACCAUCAGAAAAUUCAUUCUGGUAAGAAACCUUACGAAUGUAAUGAAUGUGGGAAAGCCUUUUGUGAUGGCUUGCAACUUACCCUACACCAGAGGAUUCAUACAGGGGAGAAACCCUAUGAGUGUAAGGAAUGUGGGAAGACUUUCAGACAGUGUUCACACCUCAGAAGACAUCAGAGAAUUCAUACUGGUGAGAAACCUCAUGAAUGUAUCAUUUGUGGUAAGGCCUUUAGACUUCAUUCACACCUCACUCAACAUCAGAGAAUUCAUACUGGCGAGAAGCCCUAUGAAUGUAAGGAAUGUGGGAAAGCCUUUAGCUAUCAUUCAAGCUUCUCACAUCAUCAGAGGACUCAUUCUGGAAAGAAACCUGAUGAAUUUGAGAAAGUCUUUAAUCGUGGCUUACAACUUAAUCUACAUCAGGCACUUCAUACUCGUGAGGAGCCAAUAAGGUUUCCUCUUUUUCCUCCGUCCUAGUCUAGCAUCAUGAAGUUGUUUUUGGAGAUAUAUAUUUUCUUUGUUUUCUUUAAGUAAAAAGUUGAUAAAAUGCUGUUUCAUUAGUAUUGAUUUAUUUCGGUAAUCAUUUAAAAUCAAAUGUUCUUUUUCAAGGGGAAAUGAAAAAGUAAAGAGUUAAAUCUG